GUUAUGCUCUUGGCCUCCUCUCUCUGUCUUUGCCCUGCUCUUCUCUUCUCUUCUCUUCUUCUUUACUCCCUCUCCUCUGUUGUUGCCUCUCCUGCCUCUAGGACCUCUCUCGCGUCCAUCACGAUUCACGAUUCACGAUUCACGAUUCAGCAGAUUACGACUAUUUACACGACUAUUCCCGGACUAUUACUGUCACUACCAUCAGGACCUAUUACUAUUACCACAUUAGCCGCUUCGGGAGCUGGUUGCCGCGCGGGAUUGGCUGCUGAGACCCGACUGACCGAGUCCGUAGGGAUCCCGGAAACUCUCUUCUGAUUCUGAAGGGCUGACCUUAGUAAGGCGUGUGCUGCUCACGUCUCAAGAGGGACAACAAUAACAAGAAGAAAUAUAAACAACCACCAAAACAAAACAAUAACCACCAGAGUUAGAACCACAACAGAGGUUAUAUGGUCUCUCCCCUUGGGUUUCCCGCUACUGUACCUGCGGAGUAACUCUGAACCAAUGUAGGUAGUCAGUAUAGCCUGUGCAGCUGUGCUGUCCUGCUAGGUAGCUAUUAGAUACACUCCUGUAGCUAGAGCCUAGGUUAAUGUACAUCGCCUGCGAACAGGGCAGGGCAGGGCAGGGC